GUGUACCCCUCUAUCAACAUUCAACUGCUGCAUUGCCUGGCAAUAGGUGAAGAAGCCUCUUCGAAAGCCACCUGUCUUUCGAUGCAUAGAUUCUACUUCUUUGUGGCCGUUGCAAGAAAGUGGUCCCUCGACAUUCGCUGACCACCUGCAUGAAUGCGAGCCCAACGUGACUGGUGUCAAAAGGGGGUGCGGAACUUUGCUUGGUUUAAGUUCGAGAUUCGACUGCACCCUUCCACCGCGAGAGUCACCGCAUGUUACGUCGAAGCGACGAGAUGGCACAUUUUCCGGCCAAGUGCUCGCUGAAGGUAUUUACGUUUUUCGGCGACUCUUCCGGCCCAUUAAACACCAUCGAAACCGUUACCAGCCGCCAGUAAUGGCGGAACCGGUGUCGCCAGUGAAGUGCGCAAAAACGAGUCCGGCGUCUAAAGACGAUCACUUUUUCUCAAAGUGCUCCAUUGGGCCGUGCGAAGGCCGCCGCUGGUCGUCGCUGACGCAGGACGCGGGCGUCGACCUGAAAGACUGA